CCUAACCUAAAUUUGAGCAAAAGUGGAAUAUUACGCUUUUCACGAGAUUGUCGAUUGACGAGCGGAACGUCCGUUUACGUCUGCUCGUCUGUCGUUUCCAGGGUGUGAUUGCACUCCGUUUUCUUUCGCAGUCUUUACUUCAGAGCAAUAUACAUUUAUGGUAUUGCAUGAGACAUUGCAUCACCGGUUUGACGAUUUCUGCGUCAUGGUAAAUUGUUGAUCGUCUCACGACGGUUUAACGUCUACUUUUACUUAAAAAGUCCACUUCAGAAAUUCUUGAAAUCUUGUUUUUUUGUCGCAAUGACCUGACCUACCGAUCACGAAGAACUCGCGAUAACGGAUACCGGAUCUGCGUGAUAAUUUCAUGCAGCUUGGCAAAGUAAAAUGAAGUGGAAUUUCCCGAAACUGAUUAGUGCAUGAAUUGACUCUCUGCCGCCACACGUCGAAAAUAUAAACAAGAUUGAUAUGGAUUAACGAGGAGCAAAAUGUGGCCUAGAUUAAGACGGUCACGACGUCUGUCAACGAUCAUUUUCCUGAUCGUUGUACUGAUAGGCGCAUUUCUGAUUUGGUCCAGGAGCAAGGAGAAAAGUGCCGAUCCGCAAUAUAACUUUAUCCGAUCACAUGGGAACCAGAAGGAUUACAUCGAUCGUCGAGGGAUUCAUGUAGUAGUCGGUCAUUACAUAGGAGACUCUGUGGAUUCCUUGAAAAUUCCGAACAUCACGAAAGAUGUUAUUAAUCAAAAUCUGUUCAACCCACUGCCAUUUGAAGGCAAGAAUGGAGAGCCCGUAGUAAUACAUCCAAAAGAUUUUUACAAGAUGCAGCAGUUGUAUCAAAUUAACCGAUUUAAUUUAAUGGCUAGCGAUAAAAUACCGCUAAAUCGAUCUCUACCGGACGUUAGGAAAAAAAAGUGUCUUUCGCGGUACGCAAACUUAGGUAAUUUACCGAAAACGUCUAUCAUUAUAGUAUUUCAUAAUGAGGCUUGGAGUACAUUGUUAAGAACAAUACAUAGCGUCAUCAACAGAUCUCCGAGAGAACUGCUAGAAGAGAUUAUUCUUGUUGACGAUAACAGUGAAAGAGAAUUCCUGAAAACUCCUUUGGAUGAUUACGUCAAGAACUUGAGCGUCCCUACGAAAGUUCUACGAUCUAAUGAACGCAUAGGAUUGAUAAAAGCGAGGAUUUUGGGCGCGAACGACGCUAAAGGUGAAGUCCUCACUUUUCUCGAUGCUCACUGCGAAUGUACGGUUGGAUGGUUGGAGCCGUUACUUGAAGUGGUUGGUAAAAAUGCAACGAGAAUAGUCGCUCCAGUAAUUGAUAUAAUAAACGAUAAUACCUUCAGUUAUACAAGAUCGUUUGAGCUUCAUUGGGGCGCAUUCAACUGGGACUUACACUUUCGCUGGCUAACUUUGAACGGUCGUCUAUUGAAGGAAAGACGCGAUAACAUUGUCGAACCAUUUCGAACGCCCGCAAUGGCGGGCGGAUUGUUCUCGAUGAACAGAGAUUAUUUCUUCAAAUUGGGCAGCUACGACGAUCAGAUGCGAAUCUGGGGCGGUGAGAACUUGGAGCUGUCAUUCCGAGCCUGGCAAUGCGGAGGCAGUAUCGAGAUCGCCCCGUGCUCUCAUGUCGGACAUCUCUUCCGAAAGUCCUCUCCUUAUACUUUUCCGGGCGGCGUCGGAGAUAUAUUAUACGGCAAUCUUGCGAGAGUCGCUUCGGUAUGGAUGGAUCAAUGGGCGGAGUUCUAUUUCAAGUUCAAUCCUGAGGCGGCCAGACUAAGAUAUAAGCAGCAAAUUCGUUCGAGAUUAGCUUUACGCGAGAAACUGAAGUGUAAAAGUUUCGAGUGGUACUUGGAGAAUGUGUGGCCGGAGCAUUUCUUUCCAACGGAUGAUCGAUUCUUCGGGAGGAUAGUGCAUGCUGAAACAAAGAAGUGCAUUAUGCGACCGAGUGCGAAAGGUUCUUAUGCACAACCUUCAGGGAACGCAGUCUUACACUCGUGCAUACCGCGGCCGAUGCUCAGCCAGAUGUUCGUGAUGACCAAAAGCGGAGUGAUAAUGACCGAUGAAAGUGUAUGCUUGGACGCACCGGAGCGAGAUACCCAACAAAAGACGCCAAAAGUGAAAAUAAUGGCAUGUAGCGGUCGCGAAAGACAGAAAUGGCAAUAUAAUGAACAAACGAAAGUAUUUUUGCACGUGCCUUCCGAGAUGUGUCUUCAGACGACAACGGACGAUGACACGCUUACAAUAGCGGCUUGUACUAAGAAUCUCAAUCAACAAUGGAUCUUGGAACCAGUUCCUUGGAAGUGAUAAUCGCGAUGUCACUAUGUUAUUAACAAAGAUGAAAAGAAGACUCAGUGCCUUAAUGAGCUGUCAGCCUAUCAGUAACUAAGUAAUAUAUAUUUUUACUGGUACAUUAAUUUUGCGACAAUUUGCAAUGGGUGUCAUUAUAAUGUAAAAUUAAUAUUUUUUACUUUUAUACUGACGAAAUCGAAUAGAGCAUGUACAUCUUUGCUCUGUGACAAGGUUUGAAUUAUGAAAUAAAAAGUAAUAGCUACUAUUUAUUAAUUCA